AAAAACUGAAAAAAAAACUAAUAAACUUUCUUUUAUAUAUUUAAGAAUAAAAUGGCAAAAAAGCAUUAAUGAUAUGUCUAAUGUUACUUGUUGCAUUAAGCAUUGUCUAUGAAACGCAAGCGACAUUCUCAUUACCCCACUACCUAAAGAAUUUCCCCAAAUAAGGCAAAGAAUUCGAGCCUUUUGCUUUCAAAGGUAUGUUGGAGUUCAUGGGUGAUCUGGAGGGAAAAUGUCCAAAGAACAUUAAGUUCAAUGAUUUUUUCAUAAAACUGAAGGAUUACAUGGCUUGCUUCGAUUCCACAUCACCCGAUUCAAAAGAUAUCCAAGUCCAGCUGACAAUAAAAUCUGAAAGCCUCUUCUGGGCUAUGUCUGCUUUCAAUGGAACAAAAGGCGGAACAUCAGAGGAUUCAUGGAGACUGGUGGAUGGGUUGUUGUCACUUGGAAAAGGUUUGGUUGAGAUGAAGAAAAUCGGUUCCAAUGAGAUAAAUUUUGAACAAAGAAGAGAAAUGAUUCAGUCUAUGAUGGCCUCUGAGAAUGAAGGACGCUCUAUUGAUUUAUCAUCUUUUGGAAUCGAUUAUGACACUAGCAAAGCUUCUACUUCUAAAAGAUCUCUUUCCGAAACACGAGGAACCUUCUCAUUGCCCCAUUUCUUGAAGGAUAUUCCCAAAAUAAGCAAAGAUUUUGAGUCUUUCGCUUACGAUGGUAUGUUGGAUUUUCUGGCUAGCCUUGAGGUUAGGUGUCCUGCUACAACAGAGUUCAAGAAUUUCUUUGCAAAGGUAGAGGACUACAUGACAUGCUUCAAGUCCGGACCAAUAGACAUCAUCAAAGUCGACAUUUCAGACAAAUCUGAGGAGCUCUUCAGAGCUAUGUCUUUAUUGGAUGGUGGUAAAACUGGAACAUCAGUGGAGUCGUGGAGGAUGAUUGAUGGUAUGUUGUCUAUUGGAAAGCUCUUGGCUGAGAUGAAGAAGAAUGAUUCGAAAGAGAUAACUUUUGACCAAAGGAAAGAAAUUAUCGGAACUAUGGUGAAAUGGGCUCGAGCUAUUGGUCUCUUCGUGAAGACGGCCUCUGAGAAGAAAGGAAAAUCUAUUGACCUAUCAUCUUUUGGGAUUGAUUAUGCAGCUUCUCUUUUCAAAGGACCUACCGACGAACUGUAGAGUCAACAAACCUUUCACUUCCAAAAUGUAAAAAAACUGUAUAUAAAUUAAAAUAUUAUAUAUUCCAGCCACAAAUUAUACAAUAUUUACUGGUUGUUAAUAUAAAUAUUAUCCUUUUUAUAUAAAAUACUUCUAAA